GCAAGAGGGCGACUACGACACGGACUUUCUGGAGAGGGAUCCAGCCCUGGGAGAGCCUGAAGAGCCGGAGGAAGAAGCGGUGGCCGAAGCCUUGGCAGCGGGGCAGCCAGAGCUUGCGGCGCACUUGCCGGUGACAAGGCGUGCGCGUCAAGUGCUCGCAUAUCUGAAUGCUGCAUCGCUGCCCCUGGGAUGGACCUUCCGCGAGACGGCGAGCUUCGUGGGGGUUCAGGAGGUCUCCGAGCUGUCGCGGCUGGCGCACGCCCACAGCACGAGGAGACUCCUUCCGCCCGACGAGUGUACACGAAUGAGCGUCCAGGUGAUUCUGAGGGCCUUGGCGCGAGUGGGGGUCCUCCGCUGUGCGACGGUCUGGGAAGUCGAGGAGACCUCGGACUACAGCCCGGAGGCCUACAUGUCUGCGGUUUCUGCGCCUCACGAGCAGCUCAUGGAAGCGCAGGAUAUGUUGGUGCGCGCGGAAGCUGCUGCCUUACACCCACAGGCUCGAUCCCUGAGCCGCCGCCUAGGUGCACGAGAUCAGGCGUCGGCAUCUCAAGGACUGGGUGAUGCCAUGCAGGCAAUGUUGCUGAAGCUGCUGAGCCUUGAUGGCCCUGACCUCGGCUGGACGCAGCCGAUCCGAUUUCCUGGGGACCAGCCUGGCCCCAGCUUCGGGGAGCCGGCGCCGUUUUCCGUCACAGAUGCGGACGAAUGGGCAAAGGUCGUGGAGAAGGCAAAGAGCAGCCAGGAGGUGGGGCAAGCCGUUUGGCAACGCAUCCUGGGAUGCCUGGCGAUGCAGGACAUCGGCCAACUGGCCGCGUGGCUACGGCGCGAGAAGCGCCUGCGCUUCCAGACUUCUGGCGGCCAACAAAUCAUGCGCAUCAAGGAGCUGUCCAAGAAGAGCAAGGUGGAGUUGUUCCGGCGGGCGCUUGCGGCUGCCUAUCGCAACGUCAGGGGCGAUGGACCAGGCCUCCUGAUCAUCCAGAGCUCUGCGUGCAACCCUCGGCGAGGGGCCUGGCGUGAGCCGGGGGUGUGGCCCGACUUCUUUCGGGAGACAUGGCCGCAGAUGGAGGAGGUGCUGGAUUCUAUUCUCGCUGCUUCCGACAAGCCGUUCGAAGCGUUGGCGGAGCUGACAGUCCCAUCUGACGAGGACCUGAGCCCGCUCCACGUGGCCAGAGACAGCUUUGCCCGCCAGGGCUUUCUGUUCACACAGACGCUUCAAAGGCCGGAAGCUGGUUGA